AUGAAUAACUAGCAGAGAGCUAAAAUCUAUGUGCUCCAAGGUUAAUGGGAGGAGUUUUGUAUAGGGUAUGUGUACAUUGUGCAUACAGAUGGUGUUAAUCCCCCUUUCAUUAGGAGUAUUUUGGAAACAUAACAAAAGUAAUGUUGCAAUCUAGUGUAAUUUGCUCACUUGAAUACAAAUAAGGAAGAAUGGUGCCUCAAUUUGAAGGUGAAUCCCGAUGCUGUCUAUGAGUUCUGUGGGGACAACAUUAUUCAAUGGUAGGAAAGUGAAAUCAAUUUAGACAUAGCAAUAAGCUUUAUUGAUUCAAGGUAUGCAUCCGAAUUUUGGAAUUAAUUAUAAAACAGCAGGAGGCAUUUUCGUUACGAUGAUGUUGAAUCGACAUAUCCAAUUUUACCAUCCCAUUAAAAUUUGGAAGCAAUUUUAUCAUAGAUAAGUGACAGCCCAGAAUUAAUUAUUUAGAAAAUAACUAAUGAUCCUAAAAAUUAAUUUAUGGAAGCCAUCAAGAGGAUUUUCGAGGAUGCAGAAGCACAAUCCAAUUUUCAUGUUCUUGAGCAAUUGCACUAUGUGAUUAGAAGUCUAAUUUACAUAAAAAACGAGAAUGUAAUGAAAUGCUUAUUGAGUGACAAGUAUUACGUGACAUUGUUUGGCAUCAUGGAGUGUAAUUGUUGGCCCUUAUUUUAUGUAGAUCAUUCGGAAAACAAGGGACCUCAGAGAGUUUCAUACAGAAAGUUUUUAAAGGAUGAAUUGAGAUUCCAUAGAAUAACUGAGUUCGAAGAUGCAACAAUAGAGAAGAUUCAUUUUAAUUAUCGUUUGUCCUACUUGAAAGAAAGUGUUAUGGCUUAUUAUCUGUACAUCGAAGACCCACUCUAUAAUGAGUUCAAUUUUUACAUCCAUGAAAAUAAUCAAAGGAUAUUGGAGAGUUUGCUGAUUCAUCAUAAAGAUCAAUUCGAAAAGUUUCUGGAAGGAAUCAUGGAUGACUUUAUAGUGAAAUGUAAAUUUAUAAAUGAAUUCUUUUUAUAAUUCAAGCCCUUUUUAGCAAUCAAAUAAUUGAAUGAUGCUUUUGUGGAUUGUAUUACUGAAGCCAAUCUACUCAAAGUUUUGUAUUAGCAUUCCUUACUCAAAGUCUAACAAAAAUCAAUGUCAUAGAUUUGUUUUACAACAUUACAAAUCACAAUUAUGAUAGCAAACUAAAAUCAAUAAUAUUUGUAGGAUUUCUUAAAAAAUAAUCAUGAUAUAUUCUGGUAAUGCAUGUAAGGUCUAUUAUUCUGCCAAGUUAAUAGUUUGAAUAGCAUAAUAAUUGAUAUCAUUGAAAUAAUUUGUUCGAAUCCUUCAGUUGAGAAACAAUGUAUAGAAUGGUUAAAGAGAUGCUUGUCACAGCCUUUGAAUUUCUCUGCUGCUCUUGUAUUGUAAGAACUAGUGUAGUGGAUCUGCUAACAAUAAAAGUCGAUUUCAUAGGAUCUUGUUGUGCUUUCCAAUUACAUUCUGAACAUUUUAAACCAAUAGUCGAAGUAGUAAAUCAAGGACAAGUUUUUGUUAAUGUCAGGGUUGAAGCAUUUCAAGUACAUUUGCACCACGCCCAUUUCUGAAAUUUUGUAGCCUUAUUGCAAUUCUUUAGUGUAGUUGGCUGUGAGCAAACGAAUGGAUGGAAUUAUAGAAGGAUAGAUAAGAGACAUCCUGAAGUUCAUUAAACUUAAGAAUUGCCUUUGUUAACAUUUAGUCAUGAUUGUGAAGACUUUGAAUUAUUCAAGCCAUCAUCUUUUUGUGCGUUUAGUGGAUCAAUUUCAAAAUGAUUACAUAGCAGAUGGAAAGUUGAAUAUAGAUGAUCAAAGAGAAUACGAAUAGGAAGAUUCAGAGGAGCAUCAGGAAUAAUAACCAAUUUUGGAGAAGGAUGACAUCAAAUUGGAUUUCAGCAGGAUAGUCAGGAGGAGGAAUGAAGAGGAGGAGGAGGAAGACGAUGAGACACAUGUGAGAGAUUAAAAGCCAAAUGGGAUCAUUUUUGGGGAGAACUGCUUUAAAAGAAUAAAACCUGAUGAUGAUUGAUUUUAUUUAUUUACUAAAUGUUAUCCCAAACAUAAUCAAA